UUCAUCAACUAUGCACUGUCAGCUAGUAAAAUAUCUGGAGGUAGCUCAUUCCAUCCCGGUAUAGUUCUCGGGGGAAAAAAAAAGAAAAGAUUGUAUAGUUCGACAUUUUAUUUCGCGCAUUUUCUUCUCGUUAUUCCUCCUGCUCGAAAUAUAAUGGGGAAAAUAAUUUGAUUUGUUGAUUUUAGUUAAAUCAUUAUUAAUAGCUUAGAUAAUUUUAAGUAUAUUUUUCUGUCACCUUUUGUCAAGAGAUUCAAUACCCAUACAAGCUUUCAUCUUUGUCACACUUUCUGCUUGAGAAUAGUUAUUUACAAUAAAUCUAACAUCACGAUUUUGAAUGCCCUCUAUCUUGUCUAUGAUAUAUUUUUGAUGCGGGUCGCAUACUACACUUGCAUAUUCAAGGUGUAGUCUAACUAGUGAACGAUGCACAGAUAUUGGUAUCUCUUCUGAUUAUAGUAGGUAUUAUAAUGUUUUCUCCUCAAAUGUAUUUAACAGGGACUGUCAAGUACCCUGUUUCUGCAGCAAGUGUGCCUGACAGGACAAAAGAGGGCACAGAGAGCAACAUGGCAGAGGCUUUUGAGACCAGUGCACAUGUUCGUGGCGUAAAGGGGCCAUCGGCGUUGAUAAACUUGCCGGCCUUCGACAUUGUAUGGAGCUUCAGCCCAGACUACAUGCACUGUGUGCUGCUUGGUGUGGCACGGCAGUUUCUGGAGUUGUGGCUUUCCAAUGUUGGUGCACCAUACUACAUUGGAUCGCCACAACUCCUUAAGGACAUUGACGAGCGACUGUGUCACAUCAAGCCCCCACAGUGCAUGGCACGUCUGCCCAGGUCUGUCCUUCUGCGGAAGUUUUGGAAGGCUUCCGAGUGGCAGCAGUGGCUGCUGUAUUUCAGCUUGGUAUGUGUAGACGGCAUUUUACCCGAGCGUUACCUGAACCACUUCAGCCUGCUAGUGAGGGGUAUCUUUUUGCUUCUCCAAGAUGAGGUAUCUACUGCCGACAUUUCUGACAGCACAGACUGCCUGGUGCAGCUUGUUGUAGGCGUUCAAUUUCUUUACUCGGCGAAAGAAAUGACAUCUAAUGUUCAUCUGUUGCUACAUCUUGCAAAGAGUGUGGUGCUACAGGGGCCACUUUGGGCACAUUCAUGCUUCACUUUUGAAGCGAACAUGGGGAGGCUGAAGAGCCUCGUCACCUCAGCGAAAGGUGUACCCCACCAAGUAAUGACUCGUGUGAUGAUGGCACACAGAGUUAAUGCAUGCAAGGCGGUUGCAAGUCCUCCUGUUCGGGACUUUCUCGGGUGUGGAGCACCUGAGGAGGAGCCCAUUGCCCUUCUUGGCAAGCCAAGACCUGUGGAGGGGGCUUUAUUGAGAUUGGUUGAGAGGCAAGUUCCUCAGCAGAUCACUGGCCCUGUUGUGGAACACGACAGAGUUCGCAUCUCUGGACGUCUGUUCCACAGCGAACAGUACCAGAGACCAGACAAAACUGACUGCACAGCUGUAAAGCUGUCAAACAAUGUGUGCGCAAAGAUUGAGCACAUUGUAUCUGUGAGCUGCAGUGACAUGAAUAGGGUCUUUCUAGUUACUAGGAACUAUGUUGCCUCAGCGUCAUUCGGCGCACCACUCAUAUUAUAAAGGUUGAGAGGUGGUCGUCGCAGAAGGUGACUGAGAUUAAUGCUAGUGCAGUUGGAUGCCUCUGGCUAGAGUGUAAGGGAAAGUU